AUGGGUGAAAUGCUGAGGGAUUAUUUCCCCGAAAUCAGUGCCUCUGACAGAGAAGUUUUAGCUCGAGAGGUGGCUGAUUGUGAAAUAUGGGCAACUGUUAAGGAGAUGAAACCAUACAAGGCCCCCGACCCGGAUGGAUUUCAACCUCUCUUCUUUCAAAAUUUUUGGAGCCUUGUGAAACCUAAUGUUUCCCAGUUGGUUCGAGAUGUGCUUGGAGGUCGGGACUUUCCAGAUGGGUUAAAUGAUGCAUUCUUAGUCCUCAUUCCAAAGGUAGAGUUCCCCAUGAAAGCUAAUCAAUUCAGGCCAAUUGGACUUUGUAACAUAGUUUACAAGAUUGUCACAAAGAUUAUUGUGAAUAGAUUGAAGCCAAUCCUUCCUUCUAUUAUCUCCCCCACACAAUGUUCCUUUGUGCCGCAAAGGCAAAUCACUGAUAAUAUCAUUAUUGUGCAAGAAAUGUUGCAUACGAUGCGCAAUAAACAAGGAAAAAUGGGCUAUAUGGCGGUGAAAAUAGAUUUUGAAAAAGCUUAUGACCGCUUGAGUUGGGCGUUUAUUCGCGACACUCUUCUGGAACUUUCUCUCCCUCAGCUGAUGAUUGAUAUUAUCAUGAAUUGCCUAUCAUCUGCAAAAUUGCAAAUUCUGUGGAAUGGUGAACCAAUGCCCGCCUUCCAACCUUCUCGUGGUAUAAGGCAGGGGGACCCAUUAUCCCCCUACUUAUACGUCAUUUGUAUGGAGCGGUUGACUCAUCUAAUUGAACGAGAAGUGAAAUUAGGAGCGUGGAAACCGGUCAGGGCUAGUCGGAAUGGACCGCCUCUGUCAUAUCUCGCCUUUGCCGACGACCUAAUAUUGUUCGGGGAAGCCUCCGAGUCUCAAGCUGAGUUGAUGGGGCAGUGCCUACGUAAGUUUUGUGACGCUUCUGGUAGCAAGGUAAGUUUCGCGAAAUCUCGGGUUUACUUCUCUCCAAAUACCCACCUAGACAUUAGAGAUGCAGUAUGUUCAAAGCUGGGGAUGGAAGCCACAGAGGACUUUGGUAAAUAUCUUGGAGUUCCCACAAUCAAUGGUAGAUCAUCGAAAAAGGAUUACCAAUAUCUGAUUGAGCAGAUUAAUGGAAAAAUUGCAGGUUGGAAAACUAAGACCCUUUCUAUGGCGGGCCGAGCUACUCUUUUGCAAUCGACAUUAAGCUCUAUUCCAAUGUACACUAUGCAGUCCACAAAGAUACCCAGAAUUACGUGUGAUGAGUUGGAUAGGAAGUCGCGACACUUCCUAUGGGGAGCAGGUGAUGGUGAGCGUAAGGUUCACAUGGUUUCUUGGGCUAAUAUCUCGAAAACAAGGAAGGAGGGAGGGCUCGGUAUUUGCGCUAUGAGGCAGACUAAUACAGCAUUCUUAGCCAAAUUGGGUUGGAGGCUAUUGACUGAGCCUAUGUCCCUGUGGUCUCGGGUCGUGCGUGCAAAAUAUUGCGAAAAUAAAUGCGACUUGGAAAUGUUUAAGGAGAAAAAGAAUGCGUCGAAUGCGUGGAGGGGCAUUAUGAGUAGUGUGGAUAUAAUUAGGAAAGGGGUGAAUAUGGCGGUUGGGAAUGGUCAGAAAACUUUAUUUUGGCAACACAAUUGGGUAAAUAAUAAGCCACUUUUGGAGACGGCGUUAGUCGAACCACCUCUACAGCUUCAAAGCAUGUCAGUUAAUGAGAUGUGGGAUAACCAGGGAGGGUGGAAGUGGGAUAUUUUCGCAAACUUCUUAUCUCGGGAAGAUCUAGGGAAAAUAGCUGCUCAUGAAUUAGUAGAAGAUGAUGAUUGUGUGGAUGAGUUAUAUUGGAAUGGUUCACCUUUUGGUGGGUUUACUUUGGCUUCAGCUUUAAAGAUUAUUCGCAACGAAGCGGAACCUGAUAUUGAGGAAGUGACGGGGUGGAAGAUUAUGUGGCGGGUGGAGGUCCCUCAGAGGAUUAAAUUUUUCUUAUGGCUGGCUAUCCAAGAUCGUCUCAUGACGAACAGCAAUAGGUUUAUUCGAAGAAUCACUAGUGACCCCCGUUGCUUGGUUUGCGGAGAAGUUGAGGAGAAUACUUUACAUAUCCUUCGCGAUUGUCCGGCUGCCAGAGUAGUAUGGAGGAAAAUGGGAAUGGCUUCGAUGAAUCCGAGCUGGAAUAGCGGUCUGAAAGAUUGGAUGAUGUAUAAUAUUGAGGCUGGGAAUCAUGGUAAUAUCGAGGGAUGGCCCCAGGUAUUUAGUGUUGCGGUAUGGUGGUUGUGGAAGUGGCGCAACGAGCGCAUUUUUAAUGAGAGUCCUCGUAUUCCGCUAGACCAGGUAUGCUUCAUUAUGGCCCGUGUUCACCAAGUGAAAUUCGCUUUAACGUCGAGAAUGAUAGGUGGUGUUCAUAUAAAUAAUGCGCGCGAGGAAAGGCAUAUUCGUUGGUGCUACCCAUGCUUAGGGUGGGUGAGAUUGAAUACAGACGGGGCUUCGAAAGGGAACCCGGGAAGAGCUGGAGCAGGAGGCCUAAUCAGAGGGCAUAGAGGUGAAUUAUUUGAGGUUUUCGCGAUAAAUUGCGGUGUGUGUUCUUCCACGAAAGUGGAACUUCUAGGCGUGUUACGUGGCUUAUGUGUGGCUUGGAAUGGUGGCCAUCGGCAAGUAGUGGUGUCGGUUGACUCUGAGAUCGUUGUUAAUAUGUUGGGUGGAAGCUCCAUCCAACUCUCCAUAUAUUCAUUUAAUCCGAAAGUGUCAAGCUCUGCUCAAGGAGAGAGAUUGGAAGUGAAUCUUGAAGCUGUUACAGUUCAACGAAGAGAGCUCCUUGAGUUACAACAAAGGAGUUCUGCACUUAGGUGCAAUAAGCAACUCAUACAAAGUAAACGGAUUUUGAAUGAAGUGACCAGAAGAUUUGAGCUAGGAAAUAGUAGUGGGUUACUUGAAGAGGGUAAUUCAACAAUUGCGUUUGAGGUAGACCAACGAAAUCCAAUAGAAUCUGAUGGCAAUCAUGGAGAGUGCAGUAGUUAUGCACGUAUGUUGGAUAUUAAAGAGGAGAUUAUUGGGAUAUUGGUGAUCCAAUAUGGGAGUGCAGUAUGUGGGGCCAUGAUGUGUUCUAAAAAUCCUGAAAAGUUCGAAGACCCUUUGAUUGUUGAAUUACAAAAUAUGAUUGAUGAACACAAUCCUCUAGCAAAGAUUUUUAGAAUGGCAAGAGAUCGCUUUAAAAAUGAUGCAUGUCAGAAUGUCAAAUUGAAACUAAUUGGUAGGAGGGAAUCAGAUGGAAGGACAUAUAACUUGCCCACAACCAAUGAGGUUGCUGCCCUCAUCGUUGGAGAUAUUGAUAGUGCGGAUAAAAGAGAUAUAAUGUGGAGACAAAGGGUGGAAAAUUGA